UUAAAGUGAAAUUUUUGUUUUUAUUUGUAAUUUUAAUUUAAAUUCGUGUCAAAAUUUCAUCGUAAAUCCAAAUCCUCUUAAUUUUCUCACAAAUUUUCCCCUUAAUUGCAUCACAAACCACAAAAACCGCCAAAUGUCGACUGUGGAAGAACGUUUAGCUUACCUGAACAAUCCGAUCAAGACACCUCCGUUGAUUGGCGAUUACACGCCCUUCUAUGUGACAAUUGCCAUUUGCACCGUUUUUGGAGCUUUCUUGAUUGCCAUCAACGUCAUUUGUGCUUGUUGCAGCAAAAACAAGGAAUAUUGGAAAGACCGACACACAGGAAAUCGUUGGCUCUUCUUUGGACCUUUUUGGACUUCGACACCGCACAACAAUCCGCCAUGCGAUUUGAGCGAACUCAAAGAUGCGAUAAUUUACGAUGCUUAUGACGUUGCGCAUUACGGCGGAGGAAGUCAUGCUGCCGAAUAUUCCGUGGGAUAUCAUCAAGAAGAGGAACGCGAGAGACCCGUUUAUCAACCGCCAACGCAACAAAGUAGACCUCAGAGACCUCCAACCGGGUACCAUAGACAACCAAUGCAAGAACAAAUGCAACAUCAACGACCCAUGGAAUAUGUCGAAUUGCAAAAGAGGGAAAUUUUAUGAGGAAACAAUUCCGUCCCAUUAGUUUUUAGUGUUUUUAGAAAGUAUUUAGUAUAAAUGAUAAUAAUGUUGGAA